AUGUUGUCCGAGUCGCGUCUUGCACGUGAACACGCGCGCACUCGUGGGGCCUACGAAGCCUCUCCUCGUGCUCCUCGUCAAGACUGCUCCAGGCGACACUACAGCGUCCCGCUGCGAUAUGCAGUAAUGGCAAUGCCUCGUUAUCUUACAGCGCAGAAGAUCAGUCUUCUCGUCUUGACACGGCUAUAUUGUAGCUCUACCCUUCCAUCCUCUGCAACAAUACCCGUUCUAUCAUUCAUUCUCGCAAGCAACAUACCUGCGGCAUCAUCUAGCGCGCGGGCUCGACGAUCUUCAAUCCCGGCUCGACAAGAUGCUUCCAUGUCAAUAGACGAAUUUGAAGAUGUUCUUCAGGGCCACGCUUCCAGUAUGCCUGGUCGGACGUUGUUGGAUAUCUUCCUCAAGCACAUGUGGGAAAUCAAUUCCUUCGACGCACUGCACACCUUGUUUGACAGUAUCAAGGAAUUGAUUGAGAUGCCGCCAUCGGAGUCCCAGGAUGGAGAGGCACCAGAUCGGAUCUAUCUUUCCAAGACAUCUCCACUAGGCGUGUUUGUCCGCAGGGCCCAUUUGGAAUUCACCAGGCUACAAUUUGACGAUUCGAUGAAGCUAUGGUCCUCUUUCAUCAGAUAUAGAGCACCCACAGCGCAAUGGACGAAGAGAUUGGCAGGGCUGGCCUCAAGUGGAGUAGACACUGUGGUAUCGGAGAUGGGCUUGAGUUCUGGCGAUCCUGUUUUCGAAGUUGCAUACGGACAUCUGCAAGAUGAGGAGGAGCACAAAGAGGCGACCAGCACAGAUGACCUGGACCGGAUACUGGACUUCCAACUCGAGCGACUGCAGAAAUUUGGUAAUCGCGUUCCGGAAACCAUGAAGAUUCAGCUUCGUAAAAUGGUCAACUCAUCAGGCCUCGUCCAUCGCCAGGCGCAUCUGGUACAGUUCUUUGAUGCAUGGAAAGCUGGAGACUACACUUCGGCAUUUGACCAUCUUCAUCGCUACUACGAUUACGCCAUGCAUACUCGCGAGAAGAUUCAUUACCAGUAUGCACUACUCCAUAUGGCAAUCUUGCAGGCAGACUUUGGCUGCUUCGGCGAAGCUAUAGCAGCCAUCAACGAGACUAUUGCUACAGCUCGAGAAAACCAAGAUAUGACGUGUCUGAGUUUCAGCUUAAGCUGGUUGAAUCACAUGGCCAAAGCAUAUCCCAAACAAAUGAAGGGCGCAGGAUACAUGAGUAUGCUCGGCAGCGAGAGAGAUGCCUUGACAUUCCUCAAGGCAAAAGCGAAGGAGAACAAGAUGUGGACACUGUUGAGCGCAAGUUUGCUAAACGAAGCCAAGUUGGCUCUUUCAACAGGCGACUCUGUGCCGCGAGCGCUUGAGCACAUUUAUCAAGCAUCCCAUCUUACCAUCAGAGAGAACGUCAACAUCUUCGGCAGCCAGAUGUUACUUACAUCCACGCUCUACUCCCGUCUUGGUAUACCACACAUGUCCCAUGUACACUGUGAGCUUCUCCUCGACUGCUACGACUACUCAUGUCCUGUUGACGAGCGCAUUCGGGCUAUCGGACGACGAGCUUUCAUCAUCAGUCAAGAAGGUCGCUACAAUGAGGCAAUAGCUACACUAGAAGCCAUCGACCCGUCGCUACGCAAGUCGCUCAAGUUUCACCAAUAUAUUCUUCAUUGCAUCGGUCUUAUGAAGCUGAAGCGAGCUAUCCGGAGAUCGGACUGGGCAACUUGCACUCAUCUCCUCGAAACCCUCAAACCCCCCUCCGAUCCCAUCGCAGACCCUCUCGACCCGGAGCUCUCGUUUCUCCAACAUGAGAUCUACAUCGACUACCUCAUCUCCCGUGGCUCCUACUCCGAAGCCUUCAGCGCCAUAUCCACUCUCGCGCAGUCACUCAAGGAAGACAAUGCGGACACGCUGCAACGCGUGGCUGUCCUGCUCAUGAAAGCGAUUCUCUUUGCAAAUAUUGGAAAGCCAGAGAAGGGCUUUAGCGUUGCGCUUCGAGCGGCGAGCGUUAGCUACAGGGCCCGCCUGAUGCCGAGUCUGUGGAAUAGCGUGGGCCUGUUGGGGAAUAUACUGAACUCGCUGGGGGAAUGUGAAAGCGCGAGACGCUUGAUUGAAGGCGUGCUGCCGCAGGCCCUCGAAGGUUCAGACCACAUGCUCGUUGCCACUCUCUACUCUCAUCUCGCCGACUCCUACAUGGGCCUUGCCAGUCCAGAUCCCAACCCAGAUCCCAGUCCAGAUGAACAAAAGGCUCCAGCUACUCCUUCCUCUCCCAAGACGACACGGUCCCGAGCGGGCAAGAUUGCAAAGGCGGAGCUGUACAUUGAUCGUGCGCGGGAGUACUACAAGAAGUGCGACUACCUGGAUGGCGAGUGCGAGCAGCUGAUGAAGAAGGCUAUUAUUGCGAAGUUGAGGGGUGAUGAGAAGUUGGCGGAGGAAUGGGCACAAAACCAUAAUCGGGUGUGGGAAGAAGGGAUGCGGAGGAUUGAGGUGGAUGUGUGA